GCGACGGUUUUAUGAAUGAGUCCAGCUUCCUUGUUUGGCUUGCUAGUGCCAACCGCGUCUAAAACCGGAGCGGACUCCACAGGAAAGUUAACAGGCAGCUAACAUCAAGUCAGUCAAAAUGGAUUACACAGCAGACCAGAGUGGGUUCAGACAGCGUAAGUUACAGCCUACAAUGCGUCUAAGAAACUAUUCGGCGGAAGGUCCAGAUGCCAGCCAGCUGUUUGAGGACACAAGUGGAGUUGGGUCUGCAUCACAGUCAGGCUUAAGGAACCAGCAGGCAGGGCCUCAGUCAAGCGGCUUUGCCGGCCAGUCCCUCCUGUCAGAACCCAUGUCCAACCUGGCCAUGGCAUAUGGCAGCUCCCUGGCGUCCCAAGGAAGGGAGAUGGUGGACAAGAAUUUGGACAGAUUCAUCCCAAUUUCUAAGCUUAAGUACUACUUUGCUGUGGACACGGUGUACGUGGGAAGGAAGCUGGGCCUUCUGGUGUUUCCUUACAUGCAUGAGAACUGGGAGGUAAGCUACCAGCAGGACACUCCUGUGGCUCCUCGCUUUGAUGUGAACGCUCCUGAUCUCUACAUUCCCGCCAUGGGCUUCAUCACAUAUGUACUGGUGGCUGGACUGGCCCUGGGCACACAGAACAGGUUUUCUCCGGAGCUGCUGGGUGUGCAGGCCAGCUCGGCGUUGGUGUGGCUGAUCAUGGAGGUGCUGGCUGUCCUGCUGUCCCUGUACCUGGUCACAGUCAACACGGACCUCACCACCAUAGACCUGCUGGCCUUCUCUGGCUACAAAUACGUUGGGAUGAUCGUUGGAGUGGUAGCAGGCCUGUUGUUUGGGAGGCCAGGAUACUACCUGUCUCUACUGUGGUGCUGUGCUGCCAUCUUUGUGUUUAUGAUCCGCACUCUGCGUCUGAAACUGUUAUCAGAGGCAGUGGCCGAAGGGAAGCUGGUGAGAGGAGCCAGAAACCAGCUGAGGAUGUACCUCACCAUGUCUAUAGCAGCAGCACAGCCUGUCUUUAUGUACUGGCUUACCUACCACCUCAUCAGAUAAGACCUGGGACACCCGCCCCCCUACACACACAACAAAUGUACACACACACAGAAGUGAAGUAAAGAUGUGCAAAAGCCAAACAUGGACAAAACACAACCUAUGGCUGUCUGAGUGCAAUCUCAUCCCCUAAAAACACAAACACACAUCAAAGAAGCUGGACUUAAUGACACUCGCAGCGGCCAUAAUUGUCUGGAUAAUAUCCCCUCGCACCCAAACACACAGAAUGAUAUACACACAUCCAUGGAGACAGAACACACACUAACAGGACGAGCAAGAGAUGGGAGGUGUUUCAGCACAGCCCAGCGUCAUUAGCAAUGCCUUUUCUAUGUCUUUUUUUACGUACCGGCUUAGAAACUUUGUAGCACCAACAGCAAGUGGCUUUAAGUUGUUUUUGUAUACUGUAUAAUUAUUUGUUAAUUAUGUUUUUUAGGGGUAUUUAUGUAUGUUUGUUUCAUGUGUUGCAAAAAUAAGUAUUGUUAUGGAGUUCUGUUGGGUCUGUUAUCUCAUAAGCGAUUUUCUGAGCCUGCAGGAAGAAAGCACACUUAACCUACCUGGUCACGUAAAGCCGCCCAUUUCACUUGAAGAACUCAGUUUCCUCACUCAAAGCAAGACUGACGUUAAGGCCAGGUCUGGAAGUUUAGGAUAAUCAUGCUUUCUUACGUCGACUGGGAGUUGAAGCAUAUCUGUUGCAAAGUCUAACUCUCGUCCUGACAUUUGUUUCAUGGUUGUCAACAUGUCCCACAUUGUCGGAAAGAAAAUUAGUGCGUAGACCUUAUUCAGUUUAUAAAUCUUUCACUGGACACAGCGGUUAUUAUAAUUGGUCUGUAGUUCUGGGUGUUACAGCCCAAAUUUUAACUGUCUAGAAAUGAAUUUGUAUGUGCUUUGUUACAUGAACUAGCUUUGCCGCCUGAAAAGUCUUGAAUAGAAGCCAGAAUGACGAGCUAAGUUAUAGACCUUAUGAUGACAUGUUGAGCUAAUUUUGAUGUCAUUUCAGGAUGGAAUAAUUUAUUUUCUGCUUUUCAUAUUGAAAGUCCAACGGUAUAAAGGGAAGGGUUGUGAUGGUCUGUGUUCUCUGAAGCUUGUUUAAAGUCUCCUUGAGAUUCUUAUAAUGUUGAAGUGAGCGAAAUGUUUUGUCUGGUGCGUCAGGUCCGUGCUUCCUAAUGAUCAAAUGUCACUAUGAAACAAAUUGUCUAUUUAUGCUCCUUUAGCCAAUGCUAUGUCUUAUUCUAACCAGGGUAGGGUUCACUUCACAUUGACCUAAAUUACCUCUUCAAAAUUCAGUUUUUGUAUUUUCUUCAUAAUGCAUACACUGUAACUUCCAGCAUGAGACACGUAAAAGGCAUUAUUAGUUUUAACGAUUCAUGGUGAAAGACUUUCUUUCAUUUAACUGAGGUGCCAAUACAGAAGAUUUUCCCCUGCUUUAUGACAAGUGCUUUAUGAAGAAAAAAAUACAAGCUCUCAUUUUACAGUAUCUCUUUACAUGAGAAUUGCCAAUUCUCUCUCACAAGUUGUUAAAUUGCAUUUUCCAUUGAUGACUUCAAGUGAAUUGAUCCCAGCCCUGAUUCUCAAAGUAUCAACUCAGGCCAUGGAAAAAUGUGGUGACACUCAUCUUGUUCUGUUUACAGACUAGCCAAUAAAUUCAGAUGGUGUUA